AUGAUUUCUGUUCUUACGACUAUCGUGUAUAUCAUCUCUGUGGUAGAUGAAACAUAUAACAACAAAAACACUCAAAAAGGUGUAGCAAUUUCGAGAACUGAUACGGAAGACGGAUAUCAGAUUUACAAGUUUAUUGCUUAUACGGCUUCUGGAAAUGAUUUGAAUACAAACAAUACUUCAUGUGAAAUUACGCAACGACUACAACAAAACAAAAUUUAUCAAAUUUCAGGAAAAUUUAUGCCACUUAAAGGCAAUUCACUUAACGUAAUUAUUACAACAAGUAUACGGCUGGAGAUAGAUGAAGACAACGCACCCAUUUCAAAACCAAUCGCACAUUUAAUUGGCACCACUCUUAAUAAUGCCGAAAUUACCAACGCUGGUUAUGCUUUAUUGACACAA